GGUGCGCAUUGUUGUUCCGUCGCGUGUGAAAACUGCUGAGUGUAAAAAAACUGUGCAAAUUGAGAGAAAACUACUGCAAUUAGUUUAAAGUUCUUUGCUGGCAAAAUGAAGUUCCGUGCCCUGAUGCAGGAUUCGCUGUAUAUGCGAGAAUUCCAGGCCAUAGUGGCCACAUUGGCCAAACUGGCAAGGGAUUGCGUGAUGAUCCUGGGCUCUCGGCAGAUGCACUUCAUAGUGAACGAGGAUCAGAGCUCCACGGCAUCACCAUUGGUGUGGGCGAGCAUUGCAGCUGAGGAGUACUUUCCGGAGUAUCGCAUGGAGGCAGCCCGACCGGAUCAGGAAUAUAUAGUUUUGAGCAUGUCUUCGGCGAGUCUCGGAAGAGCUUUGUCUGUGCUCCGAACUGGUGGCGUUAACAAUUGCAAAUUGAAGCUGCAGAGGAUUCAGUUUCCUUGCAUUUCGGUUAUAGCCUCCGUGCUCUUGUCGACUUCUACAGAAGCCCGAGAAGUGGUACACGAUGUUCCAGUGACCAUAAUUCCGGCCAGCGAUUGGUCUGCUUAUGUUGUGCCAAAAGUUCCAAACUCCCAAUUGAUUUUGAGUUUGCCAACAUUAAGAUUGCUGCGAAGUCUCAUCGAUAAACUUAAAAAUGUAUCGCCCAGCUUGGAAUUUCAAGUCAACUUUGAUGGCGAACUCAAUGUCAUUGCUACCUCUGAAAUGUCCACCGUGACCAGUCGUUUCCAGAAACUACUGAUCCGAUCUCUGUCAGGUUCCCAGCAGGAGGCCUCUUGCUCGGUGGAUUCACGAAAAGCCUCCGCCUUCUUUGGAGCUCUGCAAGUCGCCAACGAUGAACUGACCAUUGGGAUCGAUCGCGACCAUUCCAUCCAUCUGCAGAUCGAUGUGCGACAGGAUGUAGUAUUGCAUUCUAUUUUGCCCGCUGUUUGUAUUUAGUUUAAAAUCGGAUUUCAAAAUGGCUUAUUUCCUUAUGUAUUAGUGUAAAAUAAAUGUUUUUUGAUACUGA